GUAAACUGGCGCGCGAGUGCAGUCGUCGAGGUGGCAGUCCACGUGCCGGGGGGUGUGCGAAACUAGAGUGGCGGAUUUACCCGCUUCGGGUUUCGACGCGACGCCGUGUCAGGGAAGCGGUGGCUGAGAGGGCCCGACCCGUGUUCCGUUGCAUGGUCGAGGGUACACACUACAUGAUUCGGACAAAUAACUCUACGCUGUUGCCACGAUCACACGUGUGAGUUGGUUUUGUUUCGCACGAUUCGGUUGUAGUCGUCCUUCGCAUUAGAAUUUCAUUUUUCUUGCGGCUUUCAUCUGUUUAAACUUAUUAAUUAUUUUUACUACCACAACAACAAAAUAUUAUUUGACAUCAAAUUUUCUAUCAUCGAAUUCGGUUAAAAAACAUAUUUUUAAUUUAUUAUCUUUAAAUUAAUUAAAUUGAUUUCAUUUACUAAAUAAUAUUAUAGCUAAUUGGUCAUCGGAAAGUAUUUGGUUAAAACUUAUAUAAAAUUCGAGUUUAUUUGCCUCAAUCAAUUAAAUGCACAGAAAUAGCCAAUUUAUGUGCUAAAAUAAAUGGCCCACACGACCCGAAAUUUAAUUUGCAUACGGAAAAGCCGUAAACCGUCGGCCCAUCAAGCCCUAUUUUGGUGGCUAAGGUACCGUUCGAUGGCCGCAUUGUUUCGUAUUCUACGGCCCCGAUUCGAUGCCCGCAGUGGUCCCAUGCAAGGCCGACGACGUCCCCUGCUAUCAUCUUCCCUCUCUCCCUCGUUCUCGACUUGGUGCCCCAAAAUUCUAGGGUUUCUCUCGGGGACUGAGAACUCCGGGGUUCUUCCAUCCGGGUCUCCGAUGGCCUCCUAUGGAAUCCGAUCUGAACUUGUUCAUCUUCCGUGUUCCUUCUUCCGUUGGACCCGACCGAUUCCGGACAUCGUCUAGAUACCGUAACGUCUUCUUAUACAGUUUUCUCGUAUUUGAUCUCAAUCUUCUGUAGUUGAGCGAGAGGAAAGAGGGAAUGAGUGGAAAACCUAACCACAUGUCGGAUUUGAGGACGGCUGCGGCCCAUCCGCUGGCCUCAGGCACCGGGGAGGGCCACAUGAUCGCGGCUGCCGACGCCAGGGCGAUCCAGGGGUACGGGCACGAUAAGGAUAGUGGUGGCGGUUGCGACGGUAUGGAAGAGGCCGUCGACGGGGAGGGAGUGGAGGGCGACGCGCCAGCCGAUCAUGGCGAUUUGGGGAAUCCACACGCUUUGGUUGUGCCUCCGGUUGCUAGCAAUCAGCUCACCCUCUCGUUCCAUAGGGAGGUCUACGUGUUCGAUUCAGUCUCCCCUGAAAAGGUUCAAGCUGUGCUUUUGUUAUUGGGAGGACGUGAAAUUGCCACUAGCACGGCUUCGAUUGAAUCAGCUACCAACCCACUGGAUAAGCGAUUGAACUUCCCACACAGAGUUGCUUCACUGAUGAGGUUUAAAGAGAAGAGGAAAGAGCGCAAUUUUGACAAAAAGAUACGAUAUGCUGUUCGGAAAGAAGUUGCUCUCAGGAUGCAGCGGAACAGGGGUCAGUUUACAACUUCAAAAUCAAAUCCUGACGUUGCAACUUUGGGUGCCACAAAUUGUGAGGGAACCCAAUGUUGGGGUACAAUUGAAGGUCGACCACCAUCAGCUGCUCUUUGCCAUCACUGUGGCAUCAACUCAAAAUCUACACCAAUGAUGCGUCGUGGACCUGAUGGACCAAGGACCCUAUGCAAUGCUUGUGGACUUAUGUGGGCAAAUAAGGGUACAUUGAGGGACCUCUCUAAAAAUCCAUCAUUGCUAACACAAAGUGACCCUUUAGAAGGAAGUGAAAUGAAUGGAGCCUCUGCACCUGUAGCUGAGGAACUGCUGCCACAUGCUAAUGCUGCCAAUGACCAUCACUCAUCAUCCUUAUAAGAAAAAUCCUGGUUGGAAAGAUAAAUAAUAAUAGGGGAACUCUGUACUUUUUUGUGAUCUUAGAAAGUACCAUACUUUUGCCUGUAUUAUAGCUUCUGAUGUUGUUUAUCUCAUGUUGAUGAUUAAGGAAAAUUUGACAUUUGUUAUGUGCUCA